AUGAAAGGGAAAAAUAGGCUGCUUGAGGUCGUAAUGAUUUCUUCGUAUUACCAGCGCAUGGCUGUGCGGCGUGCUCCUCGACUUCGUUUUUUCUCGGAAAAAGGGUAUUCCUUAGGGAGUCCCUCAGCGAAGCCUGAGAGAAAAAGACGUCGAGAAGAACGUCUUCAUUAUCAAAAGUCCAGUCAUCAAGCACUUGGGUACGAAAUUCUAGCGUUGGAUUUUGCUGCCCCUGAACUUUGCAUCAGGAUAGUUUUAGUAUACAGGCCGCCGUCGACACCAUUGCAUAUCACAGAACAAUUAGCUGAAGCAAUCAGUGAUCUAGCUGUUGCCUCAUGCCCUGUUAUUGUAAUUGGUGAUUUCAACAUACCAGAAAUUGAUUGGGCACAAUGGAAUCCUAGUAGAGAAAAUUCGCACCCUCUUGCGGAAACUUUUGCAUAUCACGGGUUCUCACAGUUUCACCUUAUUAACAAUAUCUCAAUUAAUUCUGCUCUUGGGCAUAGUGAUCAUUCGAGCAUUUCUUUUGAGAUUACUGCCAGUCUUCCUCCUUGCGUGCCAGUUUUCAAAAGACUGUUUCAUAAGUGCGACUAUUCCCGCGUCCUCAGUUAUCUUUCUAGUAUCCUAUGGGUUGAAUCCUUUGAAACCCUAUCCACACUUGAUGAUAAGUAUUCGAUGUUUCUCUCUAUACUAAUACGUCCCCUGGGCUCUCGUCUAUCCGAAUAA